AUCAUGGCCUCGGCUGUGGAACUGCCCUCGACAUCCUCCUUCUCCCAACGAUCCCACUCAUCUCCAAACUUACCCUCGUUACCAUCGCGGACCAAGUCGCCCUUUGGCCGCUCUACAAAGGACUCGGCUGAGGUAUCGGCCUUUGAAAUACCCUCGUUCAACACUGACAUAGACCUUAAACUCGACAUCUCUCUUCCAAGCGUUCCUGAGAGCGAAUCAUCAUCCCCCAAUACCGAUUAUGUCGACCUGGAACCCCCUCCUCCACCAUCAAAACUCUACGACCACCUGCGGACUAAAUCAGCAGCCUCGCUUAGCGAUGGGCCCCGACAAUGGCUGCGCAGCUUGACAACCAUUCGAGAUGCCCAGUACGACGACGCUGAUGCUGAGCCCAUCGCCCCCCUUCCUCCGCUUAGCGAAGAAAAACGGCCCGCCACAGCAACUGAAAGCCCCCUGAGCAACGUCGAGGUCGAGGCGGUGCCUCCUCGACCAUCCCGGGAUCGCUCCCACUCGACAUCUGCAAGCAUCGCCAACUUCACCAAGAGGUCGUGGAAGCCGUCGUCGCGCUCGCUGCUCAAGAUGCAGCCAGAGACCCCGGCCGAGACGAGCGACAAGCCCGAAGCCAAGCCCAGCCGCGGCGACAAGCUGAAACGGGCUGUCGCAGCCAGUAUCCAGGAAAUUACGACCAAUCAGACGGGCCAAAACCGUCCAGUUGACCCAGCUGCUAAACCCGCGACAAAGGGAUUCGCUCGUGCAACUAGCUAUUUCUCCAGGAUCAAACAAAAGCCCGCGUCCUCGUUGUCUAAAACAACUGACAGCAUCGACUCCGAUUUUAGUUGCGCCUCCUCUGCCGCCAGUUUGGCUCACCCAGGCUCCAAUAGCAUCGACUCGCAUGUCUCGCAAUCCACCACUUCCGGCGAGACAAACUCCACGGCGCUCACCACAGAUGAGUCGUCGAUCGAAAUGCCACCGCGCAUGCCCGAUCCCCUCUGGUCGCAGUUCAAGAACUUGGAUCUAGAGUUCCGUGGGCUCGCCUCCAAGCCUGUGGCCCAGAAAUGCGCGCUGAUCCAGACGCUACUUUUGCCUUUCCUCAAGAGUGCCACCAGCCAGGCAUCUCUUAGCGGCUUGCGACCUGAGGAUGUUGACUGCAGGGCCGGUGUCUUAAACAAGUGGUGGGGCGCUGUCCUGGAAAUGCUCGAGGCUCAGCACCAACAGCCCGUGCCGGGACUGGAUCGCCAACUGCUCUUCGAGGCGGCGACCGUUAUCAUGAUGCGCCUCGAGUGGCGCCAGACGACGCCUUAUUUCUUGCCGUUGGCAGACCGGUCUCCCCAGGAUCGUGCUCGCGCGAGGUCAUCCACCAGCUCAUCUGACUCAUCGAGCUCGGAUCAAUCUGCGCUGUUGGCAGAGUCGGCUGAGCACAACAUCAGAACCAUGUUUGUGUCCAACUUGGUGAGGCAGAUGGCGUUUGUGGUCGAAAAAAUGUCUCUCCGCCACGUGCCUCCGAGCUUGAUUGAGUUUGCUGGCAAGACUUGCGCAUACGCCUUCUUCUUUGCGCCCGGUGUAGCUGAUAUCUUGGUACGACUUUGGGGUCUAACCCCAGACUUGAUCCGUCGCGUCUCUGAGAGCAUGGGCCUCACUCGCAAGAACAACGGCGAAGUUGAUAUGGAAACAGCGGCGUCAUUCCCUCCGAAGCUGAGCAACCUGGCCUGGUCCUCGCCCCGAGCUUUGUGGAACACUCUGAAGCGGAUCCCAAAGAUGCCUCUGCUUGUGGCGAGGGUACCAUGGACUGGCCCGUGGGUUAUGCGUUGGAAAGGCCGCGAUACCGAUCUCAUUUUCAUCUUUGCCAAAUACUUUCACCUUUUAUCCAACGAGUUUAUGCCAGCGAGCCUUUCUUUAACCGAAAAAGCAACGUCACCGGCGUUUGUUCUUGUUCAUGCACAGCUUUUGUCGAUUCUCGAUAGCACCGUUCAUCGCCAGGCUGCGCUUGAGCCUUCACAGUUAGCAACCUCGGCUCGAGGAGCUGAAGCGGCGGCUCUACAAAUGCCUAUGCCGCCAAGCAACUUGAUGAAGAGCAUGUCAGAGAAUAGACUUGUAAUUUUGCUCAAGGACAUUCUCGCUGAUGAUACACCAACAUUUGCGGGAGCAAGACACACGUUUGCCGAAUCUUUCUCGGCGCUGUUAAAAGCCGCCGCAAGCAGGACAUCCAGGUAUAACAGCACCGCAUGCUCAACGCUGUGCGACCUAUUGGAAGAGGUUCUAUUCGUUUACCACCGGGCUGAGACGGUUGAAAACCCGACAAGCUAUAUCGAUUGGGCCUUUUGGACUGAUGUCUGUAAACUUGCCUUGACCUCGCUGAAUACGCUGUCAGAAAUUCGAAUAAUCUCCUUCAUUUACACGAUGUGGGAUGCUAUUGCCAAAGACCCCAAGCAAAAAUUAAUGGUGUGCCGCGACUGGCUGUUGUCGGAAGAGACGUUCAACGCCUUUUUCAACAACUGGUGCCCAAUGGUGCGAGCCUACUAUAUGCGUCUGCUCUGCUGGCGAGUCUGUCGCGAAGUGGGCAGCCAGGAUGAGGUAGAUAUGGAGAUUUUUGCUCUGGCUUCCAAGAGACUCAAGUCUGUCUGGUCGCACUAUCUCUACCUUAAGCAGGCUGCAGACGAAGCCGGCCGGAUGGGUCCUGCCACGGCGCCAAUGUCACCUACCUUGGGAAAGCGAUUCAUCAUCAUUCGACAGGAGAUCAAUGUUCCGCAGCCAGGUCUCUUUGUGACGUUUGAUACUUUUACCAAGGCAUCAAGUAUAAUAGAUUUGCCCUCGAGCGAGAAGGGCGCUGAAACCGGGCUGCUCGCCAAGAAUGACCCCAAGAAGAAGUGGUCUUUUCUAAAGCUAUUAUCCUUCAGUGCGGCUAGUUCUCCAACUCAGGAAACUCCAGAUACGUCGCCUGUCAAAUCUUCGGACGCUGGACUUCAGAAUGCGCGCCGAGAGGUUGCAAACUCCCGAUCGCGGCAAAACACUUCAGCCACCCCUCCCAAGACAGCCAAAUCUGACAAGAGCGACGACUCUGAUGGAUCAAACCCGGUCUUCGAAGAGCCCAAAUUCAACUUCAAAUUUGUCCUUGGCUGGCCACAACCGCACCAGCAGUUGCCUCCGUUGGAACGAAUGCUCGUGAGCCCGAAGCUACCUACACCGGCUCAAGCAAAACUUGGCUUUCAAGCGAAGCGUGGAGGUGGUCCAGUUCUCCCUCCGCUGAUGAUUCCGACGAGAAGGUUUUCUGGAAGCUCUCAAGGUGGUCUGGUGCAAGCUGCAAAGAACGCAAGCCCUCUUGAUUCACCAGUUGCAGAACCUCGUCGAAAGUUGUCGCUUGCCAUAGCCACCGAAGGAAUUCCGGAAGAGCCUACCACGACUGGGUCUGAGACGAGCAGUGGCGAUACGACCCCCAACGAAACCAUUUCCCCGUCUUCUCCCACCAUUCAGCCCAGCUCGAGUCAGCAACGGCCUAGUGAGGGCAGAAUAGGACCCGUCAAACCUGCCGGAGCAUUCCUCAAGAAUUUGUCUUAUUCGGGGCGUGCGUUGUCGGAGUGGAGCCUCAUCGUGGCGGAGUGCAAUAAUUUUAUCGAGAGGCGCCGCGAUGAAGGCAUCAUCGCCCUCAGCGAGAUUGAAGUACCACUGCUCGGCGUCGAGGGAUUCCGCAAAAUGGCUGGCUAA